AUGUUUUAGGAAGAGGUAAGAAACUUCAAGGAACUUCGGGCCAAAUUUCAAAAGUUUGACACUCCACCUCUUCCAGGACCUAUCAGAUUCCCAGCAGGUGUUCUUCAAAAGAGUGACCGGGCAUGCAUACAAUCAACCCAGAUUUGGGCCAAUGGGAAGCCUCUCGCAUCCAAUUUUAAUUGGCCCCCAUCAUAUUGUUCCAGCCGGGAGUCUCAGGCUCCCAAAUCCCAGAAGAUGAAGUUUACUCCAAAGAGUGAAAUUCAGAAGUGUUUAAGUUCCCCAGAACCUCCAGAAAAGUCUACAGUGGACUCACAAAAUUCUCAGAAGGCUUCUUUGCUGUUAGCAGGGACCCAGUCAAGCACUAAGCUAUCCCAUGAGCAGGAAGGAAUGGCGGCCAACAGCUUCAGAGACAAACUCUGGAACUGGGAGAAGGUUUCGUCUCAGAAGAGCCAGAUGUCUCCACCCGUUCUCACUAACUGUGGCAAUAAGACCUUCUGUCAAGAAGAGCAGAAAAGCACAAGACUUGCUCCAGAAAGGCCAAGAAAAAAAGUGGAAUCAACAGGCGCUCAGACUUUUCCUUCUCAGAGGAACUCAAUAGCCCAGAGAGAAUCAUGUGUGACCUCAAAAGAGCCCCCUUUUCUACUUCUUCAAAAUGGUAGGAAGAGUGAGGGGGACCCCAGUGCUGAGAGAAGCAAGACAGCCAGACCUGCCCCUGAAAACCAGCCAGGGAGCAGGCAUCACCAGCUCCCCCAAACGAAGCCACUGCCUUCCAUCGAAUCUCUGGGUCCACCUCCCCCAAAGCCGCCAAAGCCCCCCACCGUGAACCUCCAGGCCUUCCAGAGACAAUCGGUUGGUAUGACCAAGACCCCAAAAGAAGUGUCUGUGAAGGAGGACCACUUGUCUCCAGAGAGUGCUGAAUUUGAAGAACCACAUAAUUAUGAGGCAACCAUUUCCUAUCUGAGACACUGCAGCAACUCCAUUAACCCCAGUGCUGUAGAAGAAAUUGCUGAUGUUACCUAUGAAGUUGAAAUCGAAGAACUCCAAAAGCCUUGGAAGAGCCCUCCCCAUCAAGAAUUAAGGCAAGUUUUCUCUUCCAAACCCAUUAGUAUCUGUGUUUUGGAGUCUCUGGUAGGUGUCUGUGAAAUGACACCUGGAAAAAUCCAGAUGCCUGGAGACCACAGAGAUAGAAGUUGCAUGCCAGAUGGAAAGCAGGAAAGCAUGGUCAACAUCAUCCAGACAAAGGCCUGUCCUGAAGACAGAAAACUAACCAGACACUCCCAAAGUCAGGGUGGGUACGUGCAGGCUUUGGAAGUGACUAAGGAAAUCUCAGAUUCAACAGCCUUCAGGUCAAGUUCCCCUUCAGAAGAGACCUAUGAUGAUGUGGAGUAUCCUAAGACAGACGUACCAAAGCUGGACUUUUCAAGCUCAUUUGCCUCCGAGAGUGAAGAAAAUAGUGAAGAAAUGUAUGAAGAUAUCUAUAAAACAAAGAGCAACCACCCCAAAAUAGAUUUAGAUGGAAAAGAAACACUUAAAAGACUCCAACAUUUCUUCAAAAAAGAAAAGGAUAAACUUAAAAUGAAGAAAACCAAAUCAAAAGAAAAUAUAAGGGCGUUUUCCAUUUCCCUGCCUGACUUAGGACUUAAGUCUCAGGAAGUUAUUAUCUAUGAUGAUGUGGACACAAGUAAAAAAGAACCAAACAAUGAAGAUAAACUGAAAACUUGGAAGCCGAAGUUUUUUAAUCCAAAGGGGAAAAAAGAGAAGGAAGAUGCCAAAGGAACAGAAAGUUUUCCUUCUAGAAAUUUCUUCAGAACCAAGAAGCAAAACUUAGAAAAUAAAAUGGAAAGAGAAGAAAAACUUUUUAGAGAAAGAUUUCAGUAUGACAAAGAGAUUGUAGUCAUCAACAGAGCAGUAGCGUGUUCCAGUAACUCAAGAAAUGGAAUAUUCGAUUUGCCAAUAACUUCUGGAGAACAACUGGAGGUCAUCGAUACCACGGAGCAAAAUAUGGUGAUAUGCCGCAAUUCUAAAGGCAAAUAUGGAUAUGUGCUCAUUGAACAUCUACAGUUCCAGUAA